GAGAAGUACCCCAACAUAGCUGUCGGUGCCAUAGCGUCCAGCGCUACCGUCUUAGCCGAAGUGGACGCUAAGGAGUAUUUCGGUGUCGUUAGCGACUCAUUGGGAACGGAGUGCUCACAGAAUAUUCGGGAAGCCUCGCAAGCAUUGGACGAAUUGCUGACAACACCGGAAGGAGUGAAAAAAGUGCGACAAAUGUUCAAACUGUGCGAUACGUUUGACGUCACCGACAACCUAAACGCUGCUUAUCUUAUAUAUAACCUAGCAAUGUCAAUAGCCGGUGCCGUUCAGUACAAUCAGGACAUCGACGGUAUUUGUCGGAUAAUGAAUGACCCGAGUGGUGGUACUCCGUUGCAAAGGUAUGCUAAACAACAUGGUUUACCAGGUGAUGAUGAUUGUUAUGAUGUCAAGUAUACUGACCUGGUUAAGUCAAUGAAUCAUACGACUAAGAAAGGCGUUGGA